AUGAUGGCCCUAAUGUGCAAGUUUGACCUAGAAUCACGGCACCUUGACGCUGUGAACGCUUUUACCAAUGCCGAGUUAGACGAACUCGUCUAUGUCGAAUUCCCCGAUGGAUUCAAACGCUUUGGCUGGGUUCUCAAGCUUCUCCGAGCCCUGUAUGGUCUACGAAGAUCACCCUUGCUCUGGCAGAAAGAACUCACGACCACCUUUGCAGAACUAGGCCUCGAGACCUGUUCUGAUGAACCGUGCAUCCAGAUGAAUGACUGGUGCAUCAUUUUCUUCUUUGUGGAUGACAUCUCGAUUCUUUAUCGGCAAAAGAACGAGGACAAUGUCAACCAUCUGAUCACACGACUCAAACGACACUACGAACUCACCGAUCAAGAAAACCGGAUCGAUCAACUUCGUUGCGAUCUCAACCCGACCGAUGUUUCCUUUGGUGUUAGCAAACUUGCUGAACACAUGAUGAACCCGUCUUCCAAGCACCAUGAAGUCAUGGAUCAGAUGCUUGAGUAUCUAUUUGCUACGAGAUUCUUCGCGCUUGAGUUCUCGGGAGACUCCAACGAGCUCCACCUCCUCACCAAGCCAAAAGAAAUCCGUAUUGCUACCGAUGCUGCUUUUGCAGACAAUCCCGACUCGAGGAAAUCCUCCCAAGGAUGCCUCAUCACUCUCUUCAACGGUCCCAUUUGGUGGAAUGCCACAAAGCAAGCCACAGUCACAACUUCCUCGACUGAGGCAGAGCUCCUCGCCUUCACUCACACUGCCAAGGAAACUCUCAGCCUCCUUCGACUCUUCAAGCAAAUCGAUCUUCAGCUUGACAACGACCCUAUCAUUGAGUGUGACAACACGCAAACGAUCAGGCUUAUCACAGCUGACGUUCCCCGUGUCAGAACCGCGCUUAAGCACGUUGAUAUUCACAACGCCUGGGCAAGGCAAACGUUCCAAGAAGGCCACUUUGAGGUUGAGUACGUCCCAACAAACCAAAUGAUCGCGGAUGGUCUCACCAAAGCACUGCCUGGCCAAGCCUUCAAGGCCUUUGUUCAGCAACUUGGUCUUAUUGACAUUUCCCCACGAAUUCACCACGUUCCCUCCGACGACGAGGAGUGA